UAUACCCGAUUCCUCUGGUGCCAUAUUAAAUAGAAUCUGCAACACGUAUUAUCUUUAGAUAACAUUGCACUGCUUGUAGUCGCUCGUUUCUGAAAUAAAGGUUGAUUCUGUCAUGUAGAUCUACAAAUAAAGUGUAGGAGAAUACGUUCAGAUCAUGCACACAUUUAGGACAAGGGACGGCCAUUUCAGUUUUUUUUUCUUUAGCCAGUUUGCAGGAAAUGGCUCCAAGAAGCGCCCAUCAAGCUUGCUGACCCAAGAUUGACCAUGGCAGAUAUAGACGCUCUGAUUCUAAUCCUCGCCAGACGCAACGCUAGGCGCAAACCGCCCCGUAGCCAAACCAAGAAGCGGUUCAGACUCCACCAGAAUGUUCAGCAACUACCCGACGAGUUGCUCAUAGAACGCUGUCGCUUUGACAGGGAGGGCAUUAACUACCUCCGUGGCCUUUUGAGCGACAAACUCGUCAAUCCCUAUGCGCACAACCAUCCCCUGUCUGUGGAGGCAAAAAUCUGCGCUGCCCUGGCCUACUACACAAGCAACUCUUUUCAGACUGCCGUGGGAAACUUUGUGGGAGUGUCCCAGUCCACAAUAAGCCACGCUGUCACCCAUGUCACAGACGCGCUGGUGGAAUUAGGAGAGCAGUUCAUUAAGUUCCCCCCUCUGGAGUCUCACAAGCAGGAAAAGCAGCAGUUCAGGGACAUUGCGGGUUUCCCUGACGUUAUGGGUGUAGUGGGGUGCACCCACAUAGCCAUCAGGGCACCGCCUGGGGACCCCCACACCUUCCUCAACCACAAGUCUUUUCAUUCGCUCAAAGUGCAGAUCACAGCAGACGUCAACUCCACCAUCACCAGUGUGGUGGCACGGUUCCCGGGGUCCUCCGAAGACUCGUUCGUGUGGAGGAAGAGCCCCAUGGCUGUGCGCUGUGCAGCCGGCUGUCUGGGCACUGGCCACCUCCUCGGAGGUCCAGGUUACCCCCUCAGGUCCUGGCUCCUGACGCCGGUUCGGCGGCCCUCCACGCGGGCAGAGGAGCUGUACAACCAGGCCCUGAGGCGGACGCUGCGGCUCGUGGCCCACACCUGCCGGCUCCUGAAGAAGAGAUUCCGAUGCCUGGAUGGCGCCCGGGUCCUCAACUGCUUCCCAGAGAAGUGCGGCCGCAUCAUCAUAGCCUGCUGCGUCCUGCACAACAUCGCCGUCGCCCGCAAUGUGCCGCUGCCACCAGAGGAGGGCGCUGCCGCCCAGGGCCCGGGCACGGAGGAAGAGGAGGAAGAGGUGGGGGAAACGGAGGAAGAGGACGCAGCGUCUCCGCAGUGUCAGCUGGGCUGGCAGAAAAGGCAGGCCGUCAUCCAGCAGCAUUUUGACAAGCUGUGAACUCCCCUCUGGGCCAUCCCAGUGUUUACACUGAUGGAAAAACUCCCUGCCAUUCAUUUUUACAAAUGUCACUACAGCCUUCCAGGGCUGGGACUCAGGAUUCAAGAGCCUGUCAUACCUGUAGCAUUCCUGUUCCUGUAUUGUUAUAUUCAUUUAUUUUAUUCUAACAAGUUGUGCUUGUUAUUCCAUGUUGGGCCUGUUCCUCAGAAUCUGUUGGGCUUGGGCCUGUUCCUGUUGGGCCUGUUCCUCAGAAUCCCUUCAGUUUGUAUUAUACAUAUUCCUUACCAAUCUGUCAAGACUAAAACUCAAGCUAGAGCUCCAGAAGCCAAGUAGUUAUCGAUAAAUAAAUGAUCCAUGAUCAUCCAAACAUGUUAUAUGUUAAAAUACUGUUAUGACUGUUAUGACUUCUUGCAUGUAAUAUAGUCUUUGGGCCACCAGAGUUCACUCUUGGUUCAGUCCUACAGAGAUUUUGAUGCGAUGUGAUGUGAGAUUCAGAGUGGUCCUGUUGGAAACAACUGCCCUAUUAAAAAUAAAUAAGUAAAAUUAAAAUAAA